GUCAAAUACUGGAAAACAACAUAAUGUAUAACCUAUAAACUUUUCUAUUUCUUAUUAGACCUAUUUUAAAAUGAUUAAACAAAAUGACUUGUAUUAUGUAUCAAACUAUUAACUAACUAAGAUAGUGUAGUCGAUCCCUGGAGGAUUAAAAAAUAUACCUCGUCGAAAUCCACGAAAAUGUUUAAAUUUGGGUUUGCUUCAGAAUGUCACGAUGCACAACAAAGUCUUGAUUUAAAAAAAGAGGAAAGCAGUGAAAUCAGUUUAGACUGGGUUCCAGCGAAUGAAGUUUUUUUGAAAAAUGCUAUUUCCAUCGACAUCCUCCAACCAAAUGACGUUGAGAAAGUUAAGAUUGGCUCAGAAGUAUUGUCAUGCAUUAAGGGAACUACAGUCUCCUCUGUAAUAAAUAGUACAAAGUUUGAUGUGGAAGAAAAUAUUUGUCUUGCUGAAAGAAAUCAUUCUGAUCUGAUUCCAUCAAAGUAUGAAGGUGGUCUAAAGCUGUGGGAAUGUACUCAUGAUGUAGCUGGACUAUUACAUCAGUCAGAAGUCUCGGGUAAGGUCGUACUAGACCUAGGGUGCGGCCUCGGUCUACUAGGCAUACUGGCCCUCAAGCUGGGUGCGAAGUCAGUUGUAUUUCAGGAUUAUAAUGCAGAUGUUCUCCGGUGUGUAACAAUCGCCAAUGUCCUACUGAAUGCAGACGACUCACAGCAGUCUCGGUGUAGUUUCUUUUCCGGUGAUUGGGCUUCGUUUGCAGACCUGUCACCUGUUUGCAACCUAAUCGUCACCUCAGAGACUAUCUACAAUCCUGCCAACUACACAAAACUGCAUGAAACCAUCAAACGGUUACUGAAACCAGACGGAAUGGCUUUGAUUGGGGCCAAAUCAUACUACUUCGGAGUUGGUGGAAGUAUAAAGCAAUUUGAGAAACUAGUUAAAGAGAAGAACGUCUUUGAAGUUGAAACUGUUUGGAAGUGCUCACAAGGAGUCCAAAGGGAGAUACUGAAACUAACAUUUAAAAAUGGGAAGUCGUAGUCUUCGAAAAAAUAACUUGAAAAAGAGACUCAGUUUUGCUAAUGGACCUGAAAACUGCAAGUGCUGUAAUUUUUAGAGUGCAAGUUCUUACUAAAAAUGUUAAUUAUAGCAUCCCACCAAUGCAAACUAAUCGGGACCUUGAAUAACCAAUCUGUUCAUUUUAGCUGGAAAUUUAAGAAAAAUCAUAGCAUAACUAAGACUAUAUUUAAACGACUGUAAGUUGAAAUAAUAUUUCAAUAUAUUCAGUGGCGUAGGGACAGUGAAGUGAGUGAAGCAGUUGCUCCAGGGCGGCAAACACUAGGUGGCGGGAGAGGCGACAGGCUAGGAUUUUUUUUUUUACUAUGUUGUUGUCAAGCGUGGUAGGGGCGGAAGGAAGGUGAAUGGUAGUUUUAACUAUUGCCACAACGAGCGCUGUGUGCUGUGAUCUGUCAACAUAAUUAUUACAAGAUCACUGAUUAGUCAAAUAAGUGUAUACUGUAGUGAUUCGUGAGGUUAAGUUUAUUGUGCCCCGCGAGCCGGUAUUCGAGUUGUUGGCUUAUACCACUGUUGUUUAGUGCUAAUAAUGAACUAUGGAUUCGGUUAAAAAUAUGUCUACAAAGUUUGCGGGUGGUGAGGAGGUAAGUUUUGAACAGAGUUGAGUUAAAGCUGCUAGGCCGGCCAAACCCCGAUUUAGUUUGUACUGUUCAAUUAUGCCUUGGAUAAUGCCCGAACGGGCAUUAGCUUCUAACCAAGUGCUUAGACGUCACCAACAUCAAAAUGUCAUUUGUAAAUUUGCGUCCUUUGCUCAGUUCCUUCUGUUUACGUGCGUGUUUACACGCGUGUUUACGUGGUAAAGUUACCCUUUCUUGGGGAGAUUUCUAAGUAAGGAUAAGUUCCUUCCAAUGAACUUUAUUUAAAUUCAUGCUUUUGUUUUCAAAUACCCUAAUCAAAUAGGUUAAAUAUAAUAAACGCAAUAAAAAUAUUAAUCUAUGUUUUAAAAAUUAUUAUGUUCAAUUGUAUAAAAACGCUAGU